AUGUUAGCUUUAAUAUUGGGAGUCAAUUUACCUGUUAUCAAACUUGAAGUUAUCAUUUUGCCUGUUAUCGUCACUGAUAUUUUUAUUUCAAACAAAUUUUUGUUCUUAUUUGUCUUAUUUAAUGUAUGGUGUAUAGUUGUUUUGUUCAAGUAUUAUAAAUUAAAAUAUUGUUUGAAAACUGUUGAGCCUCAGAGACUGUCAUAUUGUUAUGUGGAGAAGGAAACAGCUUCAUUAAUAGAUUUAAAUCAAGCUGUUGUCAUGUUUGGAUCUAUGAAAACAGAAGAUACCUUGUUAUUGCCUAGCAUCUAAGCAACGCUCAGAAAACAUAAAUUGAUGAUAAAUAUUUUAUAUUUAUUGAAUGUUUUGUUUUAUUUUUUCGAAAAUAUCUUUCUACUCAUAAUUGGCGCAAAUAGGACAUAAAUCGAGGUAAAAUUCCCCUCAAAUUAAGUCAUCAUAAAG